AUGUCAACAAGUGAUGGUCGGACUACUAACGAUAAUAUCGACGCUAAAACUCAAAGCUUACAACGUCGAUCGGUCUUAAUUUCGUCCGAUCCAAACACUGAUUCUCUACCUAUUGACUUGGUACUUGUCUAUGAUCGUACAGAUCAACACAAAGAUAAUGAUGUGGAAAUUAAUCAUGAUAAUCAAAUCAAAAAAAAGAAGAAACCAUCAGAACGUCGAAACAGAUUUGAAGAAUAUCUUUGCAAAAAACAAGGUCUUAUCCUUAAGCAUGCGGAAUCAAAACAGAAACGAGUUGGAUUUGUUACAGUUCAUACUCCAUUUGAUAUUCUUUUGCUUACUGCUGAAAAUAUGCGAAUGAGAUUACCAAUAGAGAAAAUUGAAGAGAAGGAAAAUGAAAAUGAGUUAUUAACAUCACAAAAUAAUCAAUCAGCUUGGCAUCGCUUUACAACAUCGUUAAAAAAAUCAUUUUAUCUUGAUCCAUCAUUAAAAAAAAAUGAUCCAGAUUAUUAUACAGCUAUUUAUUCGUCAAAUAUCGAUAAAUUUAAAUAUUUAUUUGAUACAUUACGUGGUUCAAAAGAUUUAUAUUUUACAUCAACUGAACGCAGUUUAUUAACACAUGAAUUAUUAUCAAGAGCUCAUUUUGAUUAUGAGGUUGAUGAUCAAGGUGAUAAUCAACAAAACGCAUUGAUAAUACGUCCAAUUACGGAUCCAACAGCUACAUUACAGAAAGUUUCAAAUCGACCAGUUCUUUCAACAUAUCCAUCACUUUUUCGAAGUAAAUAUUGCAGUCUUCGAGAUCAUGUAAGACAUGUUAAUGAUAGUGAAUUAAAUGAUCGAGAAAAAUUAAAGAAACAUUGGGCAACAAUGCGUCAAUGCCUUAAAUUUCAACCAUUAUCUUUGAUUCGUUCAUAUAUGGGUGAAAAAGUCGCAUUUUAUUUUGCACUUUGCGGUUUUUAUAACCAAAUGCUAAUUCCAGCUGCAUUGAUUGGUCUUAUUAUAUUUAUCUAUGGUAUAAGUAGUGUUUUUUCAGACCAACCGACAUCCGAUAUUUGUGGAGAUUUCGGGCAUACAACAAAUAUGUGUCCAAGAUGCGAUAAAACAUGUCCAUUUUGGAAACUCAGUGAUAGCUGCCUAUAUUCAAAAGUUUCAUACAUAUUUGACAAUGCAGCUACAGUUAUUUUUUCCAUAUUAAUGUCUUUAUGGGCAAGGUGGUUUAUUGAAUUUUGGAAACGUCGACAGGCAUCAUUACAAUAUGAUUGGGACUCCAUUGGUUUUGAAGAACAUCUUGAACCCAUACGACCAGCAUUUGAAAUGAAAGCAAAGAAAAAAGGUGAAAAGCGUACCAAUCCUGUUACUGGGAUAAAGGAACCAUAUAUUCGAACUCGAACACGGAUGCCAUUCUUUUUUGUUGCAGCUGCUGUUGUUCUCUUUAUGAUGGCUAUUGUAUGUGCGACUGUUUUUGCAACUAUUGCAUAUCGUUCUCGAAUGGAUUAUAUUUUAAAAAAAUCAAAUGUUAAAAUAUAUUCAUCAAUCAUAAUAACUGUAACUAGUGCUAUUAUGAAUCUUAUUUGUUCUAUUAUCUUAUCACAAUUUUAUUAUUGGAUUGCACGAAAAUUAACUGAUUUUGAACUUCAUAAAUAUCAAUCGGCAUAUGAUGAUUCAUUGACGAUUAAAAUAUAUCUUUUUCAAUUUGUCAAUUUUUAUUCAUCAUUAUUUUAUAUUGCUUUUUUUAAAGGACGAUUUCAUAACUAUCCAUCAACAUAUGGUGAAUCAGAUUCGGGAAAUUUUACUGAACAGUGCGAUCCAGCAGGUUGUUUAGUCGAACUUUCUAUACAAUUUUUCAUCAUUAUGAUUGGGAAACAAAUGAUAAAUAAUUUGUUAGAAUUCUUUAAUGCAAUGCGUAGUACGUUAACACGAAUAUGUUUUAAACGUGGUGAACCUGAGCCACAAAAACAAUGGGAAAAAGAUAAUCAACUAUAUGAUUUUAAUUCAAAUACGCUUAUUGAUGAAUAUUUGGAAUUAGUUAUUCAAUUUGGAUUCGUUACAUUAUUUGCCAUUGCUUUUCCACUUGCACCAUUAUUUGCUUUAUUAAAUAAUGUAAUUGAGAUACGUUUGGAUGCAUGGAAAUUUUUAUCUAAAUAUAAACGACCUAUUCCAUUUAAAGCAUCCGAUAUUGGUAUCUGGAGUGAUAUUAUUUCUGCUAUAUCAUACAUUGCUGUUCUAACGAAUGCAGUUGUUAUUGCUUGGACAUCGGAGUUCAUUCCAAAAAUGGCAUAUCGUUCAAUACAAUCAACAGGAGGAAGUCUGAAUGGUUAUGUUAAUUGGACACUAUCGUCGUUUAACAUUGCUGAUUAUAAUCGUACUAAUACAAUGCCAGAGGGUGGAUCAAAUAAUUUAACUAUUUGUCGUUAUCGUGAUUUUCGUGAAUCAAAUGAAUCAAAUUAUUCUCACACAUCAAUCUAUUGGAAUGUGUUAGCUGCUCGUCUUGCAUUUAUUAUUGUUUUUGAACAUGUUAUCUUUUUUAUUAUUUAUAUAAUGGAAUGGCUUGUACCAGAUAUACCAAAAAAAAUUCAAAAUAAGAUUGAUCAUGAACGUUAUAUUGAUCAACGUGAGAGAUGGGCAAGUAAACAAACUGAAGAUCAUUUUAAAGAUGCUAUCAUCUCAUCAGAAAUUUUAUCAAAAAUAAUAACACCUUCAAAUGGAACUGUUAAAGCUCCAGUCAAGAACAAUUAUGUCUCUUCAAACUAUUCACGAGGUCGAAAAAGACAGGUCGGAGUGCAAUUACCAUUAGAUAAUGAAUAUUGA